AUGGACACCACAAUCUACAAAGCUGCAACCAUGACACUGGAUGAGGAUAUGGCAUCACUAAUGAAGAUAAAGAAAAAUGUUGAGAUGGAGACAAAGGACUUGCGAGAGAAGUUGGACAUGCUUCGGUUGAACGUGCAAGAAAGAGAAGCGAGAGAGUCGAGAAUAGAAUCAGAGACCACCACUCUGUUAGCUAAAAGCAUGUCACUAGAUGAGGAGCUGACAGUGGAAAUGGAAGAAUUCGCCUCCAUGAUAGAAAAGAUGGCUGCACUGAGGAAGAAGAACAAAGCCUUCCAUAGCAACAUGAUUGAUAAACUUCAAAAAAUGCAGGAAAAAUGCCCCGUCUACGAGCAAGGAGCUAAUAGAGGUCCCAAUAACGCUCACCCUGGAGAGAAUGGGGAAGACGACGACGAGGAAAUCGUCCACAAACCUCCAUUCCUAGGCCAUCAUCCCUAUUUCACCAGAUCAAAAGGUCCCGCAGAUUCCUUCUGUAGACAAAGCUCAGACAAAGGAAAUGCAGUUAUGGGUGAUAAUAAUGAAAAACUGAUGCAACAGAUUGCAGAAAUGAGAGUUGAAAUGCAAAGGAGACAGGCUCUGCCUUCGCCAGGAUUUGCCGCUAACGCUGCUGAUAGGAGACCUCCAAUCUACUUUCCUUCUUCAAAUAUGGAUCCAACUCAGAACCAAGCAUCUACACCUGUCAAAGUUGGUGAGACUAUCGAAGACCGAUUGAAAACGGUGAAGAUAACCCGUGUUGCUGCAUCGCCCGGAUCAUCUGGAACGUUGAAGAAAAAAGGAGAAAAAAUCGCUGCUAUUUCAUGUGGGGGAAAGAUAACCCACAGAAGCUCGUUAUAUUCCCAAGGUCAUUCUCGGACUUCCCAAAAUUCCUACCAAGCUUUCUACAUGCAAGAUAGUCAUCCCAAUAAUCCUCCAAUUUAUCAUGAUGCUACCGCCACUUAUCCAAACGUCCAAGCUCCACUAUCCCAAAGUCCAUCCCCGAAUUACCAAAAUUCAUCUCCAAUUUACCCAAAUCAUCCUCCAUCCUACCAAAUUCCAUCUCCUUACCAGGGUGUUUCUCCGAAUUAUGCUAACGUGCAGUCGAGCUACCGAGAACCCCCUCCUUCAUAUCAAGUCCAAGCUCCACCAUAUCAAAAUCCCCACCCGAACUACCAAGCUCUAAUGCCAAACUACAAGACAAACUCAUAUCCCAGAAAUCAAGCUCCCCGUCUGAAUAAUCGAGGUUAUCAACAGAUGCCUCCCCCACAAGGAAGUUAUCCCCCUCGACCAUGGUUUGAGAAGAAACCUUCGAGAAAUUUCACCGCGCUUGCAGAAAGCCGAACAAAGCUGUACAAGAGACUGGCUGCAGCCAAAUAUAUCCACCCAGUGGGGCCCAAACCCGUGGAUAUCAAUUCAAUAAUCUAUAGGUCAGAUCAGAGAUAUGCUUAUUAUUCCAAAAGUGUUGGGAAUGAAACUGAGGACUGUAUCAACCUCAAGCACAAGAUUCAGGAUUGA